AGCGCUUGUGCAUAAAGCGGCUACAUUUCCGCGCUCCUGCGAGUAGCUGAUCGCCAUUUGUACACAUCGCUUAAGGACGCCAUUUUGCAGCAAACCAGAGGUGAUUUAAAAGGAAGAGACAAUGAGUGGAUGUCGUGUCUUCAUUGGUCGCCUGAGCCCUCAUGCACGAGAAAGGGAUGUGGAAAAGUUCUUCAAGGGGUAUGGCCGGAUAAGGGAGAUCAACCUCAAGAAUGGAUUUGGCUUCGUGGAGUUCGAUGAUCACCGAGAUGCUGAUGAUGCUGUAUAUGAACUGAAUGGAAAAGAGCUUUGCAGUGAACGGGUGACAAUUGAACAUGCACGGUCCCGUAGAGGAAGGGGUGGCGGCGGAGUUGGAGCUGGGUUUGGGCGGUUCUCUCCACGCUUUGGUAGUUACCGCCAACCUCGCAGCAGUGGUUCCAGAUAUGGCCCACCUGUGCGCACAGAACACAGGCUCCUUGUCGAGAAUCUCUCAUCUCGGAUCAGCUGGCAGGACCUGAAAGAUUUGAUGAGGAAAGUUGGAGAGGUUACUUUUGUGGAUGCCCACAGAACCAACAAAAAUGAAGGGGUGGUUGAGUUUGCGUCUCACAGCGAUAUGAAGAAUGCUAUUGAUAAACUAGAUGGAACAGAACUGAAUGGACGCAAACUGAAGCUCUCUGAGGAUCGCAAGAGAAAUAGGAGUCGCUCUCGGUCCCGCAGCUAUUCCCGCUCCAGAAGCCGCUCCCUGUCCCGGUCACGGUCCAAGUCGUUGAGCCAAAGCCGCAGCCAUAAUCAUUCCCGAUCACGUUCCCGCUCUUUGACCCGCACUCCAGAGAAGAAUUCUAACCGCGCAGCCCCACGCUCCCUGUCCCGCUCUAGGUCUCGCUCUUGCUCUCCGCCCCCACAGAGGAAGAAGUCUCCGUCCCGCUCGCCCUCCGUGACCCAACAGUAAAGCAGGAGAAUGAGGAAGACCGUUCUGUGUCCACUGCAGCAGUCCUCAGCGAUGCUGCUGUUGUCUGUUGACGAGUGACUGUGACCUGACGUGCCCAUAUUUCUUUUCUUUCUCAAUUAGCAGUGGUGUCAUGUCUGCUAGCAUGUGACGGCACCAUUGAAGUCUGCAAUUUUUUUUUUGUUUCUUUUUAAAUUUAUCUGUAACCCAAGUAAGCAACAUUCUCCCUUAGAUUGAUGGUAAUACUUUGAAAUAAGACUUUUUUCUAUUCUCAGCAUCUUCAGGGGCUGUUAUGGUCAACUAUAUGAAUUAUUUACCUUCAUGCAAUGUACCCAAAUGGAUUUCAUCUACCCCCCCCCCCACACCUCAUAAUUACCUUAUUUGUGUGGUUUGAAAGUUUGCUAUUAAUAUUGUAUAUGCAGGUGAGAAAUAAAUGUAAAUGUACCCACUGUAGGCUUGGCUAUUUUAAUAGUAUAUUUAUUUUAGUCCAUGAUAGUACUUGAUUCUCCUUGCAAAUUGGCUGUUUUAAGUUUCUGCUAUUGACCGAACUGGAAAAUUUAAGGUAUGAAGGUAAUUAUGCAUCCUAUUCAUUUUAAGACUUUGUAUUUCAUUGCUCUUUAUUCCCACGAUGAGACCCCCACCAUAAGGUAAUUGUAAUUUAGUAAUUUGGUCAGUGUUCGCCUGUAGUUGUACCAGGUGAACUAUACCCUAUGGACACUAAUUUCAAAGUUGUUUGGGUUUAAUUUCAGUUGGUUAAUCAAACAUUGUGAAAGUUGUGUGGGGGAGCUACAUUUAAGGUACUGUGCACCAAAUAAAGAACUAUCUGCUUUGUCA